CAUUAACUUCCCAGUUGUACACACACACACACACACACACACACACACACACACACACACACACACACACACACACACACACACACACAAACACACAAGUGUAUUCGGUGAUACUAUGGCGGAUGAUCCGCUGGUUGGUGCAGUGGACCAAGGGACCAGCUCCACGAGGUUUCUGGUGUUCAAUGCUAAAACUGCCGAGCUUGUCAGUCAAUAUCAGGUGGAAAUUACACAGAGUUUCCCCAAAGAAGGAUGGGUGGAAGAAGAUCCCAAGGAGAUCCUACAGUCUGUGUAUGAGUGCAUAGAGAGAACCAGUGAGAAACUCGCUCAGCUUAAAACUGACAUCACAAACAUUAAAGCCAUUGGAGUGACCAAUCAGAGAGAGACGACAUUGGUGUGGGACAAAGAGACUGGGGAACCUCUUUACAAUGCCAUAGUGUGGCUGGAUUUGAGGACUCAGUCCACUGUGGAGCAUCUCAUUGAGAAAACACCUGGAAAGAACAAAAACCACUUCAAGAAUAAGACAGGUCUGCCCAUCAGUACGUACUUUAGUGCAGUGAAAUUGCGCUGGUUGAUGGACAACGUGGUGGAGGUGUACGAGGCUGUGCGCUCUCACCGUGCCAUGUUCGGAACCGUUGACUCCUGGCUUAUAUGGAGUUUAACUGGAGGAAAAAAUGGUGGAGUUCACUGCACAGAUGUCACAAACGCCAGCCGUACAAUGCUCUUCAACAUACACACCAUGGAGUGGGACCUGGAUCUAUGCAGGUACUUUGGGGUUCCUGUUGAAAUCCUCCCGGAGGUUAGAAGCUCUUCAGAAAUAUAUGGUUAUGUGAGCUCAGGGUCACUGGUGGGCGUGCCCAUCUCUGGAUGUCUGGGAGAUCAGUCGGCUGCUCUUGUGGGACAGAUGUGCUUUAAAGACGGUCAGGCCAAAAACACAUAUGGAACCGGUUGCUUUAUGUUAAAAAACACUGGAGUCAAGCCUGUGAUGUCAGAACACGGCCUCCUCACUACAGUUGCCUACAAACUGGGAAAGGACAAACCAGCUCACUAUGCACUCGAGGGAUCUGUUGCGAUUGCUGGAGCAGUAGUGAGGUGGCUGAAGGACAAUCUGGGAAUCCUUAAAUCCUCUUCAGAAAUUGAAAAUUUGGCUGCUUCAGCUGGGACAUCUUAUGGCUGCUAUUUUGUUCCAGCAUUUUCUGGUCUUUAUGCUCCUUACUGGGAACCCAGUGCUCGAGGGAUUAUCUGUGGCCUGACACAGUUUACAAACAGGAGCCACUUGGCUUUUGCAGCACUGGAAGCAGUGUGCUUUCAAACUCGAGAGGUCUUGGAUGCGAUGAAUCAAGACAGUGGUGCAUCACUUACUCAGUUACAAGUGGAUGGAGGAAUGACGGCCAACAAAUUACUAAUGCAGCUACAGGCUGAUAUCCUCUGUAUCCCUGUUGUGAGACCCUAUAUGUCUGAGACCACUGCACUGGGGGCAGCAAUGGCAGCUGGAGCAGCUGAAGGGGUCAACGUGUGGAACAUAAUUCCUGAAGAUAUGACCUGUGUGACCUCUGAGAAAUACCAACCUCAAAUCAAACCAGAAGAGAGUGAGUUCCGAUAUGCAAGAUGGAAGAAAGCCGUCCAGAAAGCCAUGAACUGGGAGACUGUGGAUCCUCUUUCCAUUGCGAAUGGUUAUCAGAAGUAGACAUAUGGAGCAUGGCAUAUGAAGCACUGCAGCUCACUGAGGUGUCAUGCUUUCAGGUUGCAGAGAUUUGUGUCAUGUUCACCAUAAUGGACAAAGUGCUUUUUUUCUCUCGGGUACUUGAUUAAAGAAGUGUGUAGCUUUGAGUGAGCCUGAGACUGAGCCUGAGCCUGAGCCUGAGCCUGAGCCUGAUUGCACUUUGUCUUAUGAUUUGUUUUCUGAUCCAAGCAGCUCCAUUAACAUCUCCUAGUUAUGAAUUUUCAAUCACAUAAAAAAUGUGUUUCAUUCCAAGCUGACUUUCUGUGGUCAGGCUGCUAAACUGCACUGAGCACUUAGUUAUUAACAAGACCACAAAAUUCAAAGGAGAACAAUUUUCUUAAAUCUGUGAAUUGGUCAUUCCAUGUUCUGAUUGUUUUGUAUUUCCCACAUGCUUUUUGACAACAUGGUUUGAAACUCAU